GUUGCUGCAUCCCCCCUUUUUUGAUAGAAUAGAUUUGGUAACAGGAUUUCUGCUAUGGAUGUGCGGUGGAAAAGGUUCCACUUGCUGAUAUUUUUUCUGACUUUCUGGAAACAUGCUGUUGGACGUGAAAGUUUGGAUCUUCAAAGUGUUCAUCCACGUAGCUUGCAUUUCCUUAAGACUUCUUCACCUCCAGAAGUCCAGUCUUCUAUGUUGAAUGCUUCAGUGAUUAGGAAUAUUCCUCAUGAAGAAGUUGACUCUAAUGUGCUUGGAGGAAAUGGCACAGGUCCCAGCAGAUCUCUAUUCUCUUAUCUACAGUUUGUUAAAGGGGGUGCUCCUAGUGGCUAUGCAUCUUUGUCUCAAGCCCAAAGUGCAUCAAGUGGCUCUGUUUCUACGUCUCUGACCGCACCCCAAAAUCUGUCCCAACCAGGCAGUUAUUCUACAUUGUUUCAUGUCCAAGGCUCCUCUACUUCAAAUGUUAUGGCUGGCCAGUCUGUUAGUGGCACAGGUUACCAUCAAUAUGACUCCACCUCUAAGGACAGCACUGGACUGAACACUGGCGGGUCUAUUCAACUUGUUUCUUCAACGGGAGGAAGUGGCUUAUCUCAAAGUAGCUUUAGUCAGUAUGCCCCAGGCUUCUCUCCACUUAGUUAUUCACCCACUGUUCUUAGCCAGUCUGGUAGUAAAAACCCGAGUUCUCAGAGCAGCUCUGGCCCUCUCAUGGGAGGUAUUUCAAGCCGGUUGUUUACUUUAACUUCUCAGGGUAGUUCUAGACCACAAGUUACACAGGGAGGCAGUACCAGUUUAAGUGGUUUGUACCAACAGUCUCCCAGUAAAAGUCAGUCUUCCCCUACAUAUUCUCGUCCUGGUUCUUUACCCCUAGCUGUCUCUAGAUACCCCACUGGUUCCCAAAGCUUGUUUAGUUCAGGUUCCCAAGGUAGCUCUAGUUAUCAGUUGGCAGCUUCCCGUCCAUCUGGCCUAGCACAAGGAUCUAGUAGUCAACCUGGUGUCUCAUAUGUAGAGUCCCAGGGCAGUCCCAGUUCUCCCCAGUAUGGAAGUGUAUCUCUGGCAUCACCUCAGGUCCCUCAAAAAUGGCUGCCUUCUGCUUAUAGUUUCUCCCCUGGUAGUCAGACUUCUGGUACAGUUGUGUCACAAAGCAGAUAUUCCCCUCAAAGUGCCCCAGCUCCUAGUAAGCCUUUAUCUGUAGGACUUCCUAGUGCAUCUCUGGCAGCACCUCAGGCCCCUCAAAAAUGGCUGCCUUCUGCUUCUAGUUUCUCCCCUGGUAGUCAGACUUCUGGUACAGUUGUGUCACAAAGCAGCUAUUCUCCUCAAAGUGCCCCAGCUCCUAGUAAGCCUUUAUCAUCUGUAGGACUUCCUAGUGCACCUCAGGUCCCUCAAAAAUGGUUGUCUUCUGCUUCUAGUUUCUCCCCUGGUAGUCAGACUUCUGGUACAGUUGUGUCACAAAGCAGAUAUUCCCCUCAAAGUGCCCCAGCUCCUAGUAAGCCUUUAUCUGUAGGACUUCCUAGUGCAUCUCUGGCAGCACCUCAGGCCCCUCAAAAAUGGCUGCCUUCUGCUUCUAGUUUCUCCCCUGGUAGUCAGACGUCUGGUACAGUUGUGUCACAAAGCAGAUAUUCCCCUCAAAGUGCCCCAGCUCCUAGUAAGCCUUUAUCAUCUGUAGGACUUCCUAGUGCACCUCAGGUGCCUCAAAAAUGGUUGUCUUCUGCUUCUAGUUUCUCCCCUGGUAGUCAGACGUCUGGUACAGUUGUGUCACAAAGCAGAUAUUCCCCUCAAAGUGCCCCAGCUCCUAGUAAGCCUUUAUCAUCUGUAGGACUUCCUGGUGCACCUCAGGUGCCUCAAAAAUGGUUGUCUUCUGCUUCUAGUUUCUCCCCUGGUAGUCAGACGUCUGGUACAGUUGUGUCACAAAGCAGAUAUUCCCCUCAAAGUGCCCCAGCUCCUACAAGGCCUUUAUCCUCUGUAGGACUUCCUGGUCAAGUUGCCCCUGGUUUGCUGUAUUCAAGUGCAUCCCUGGCAGCACCUCAGGUCCCUCAAAAAUGGCUGCCUUCUGCUAGUUUCUCCCCUGGAAGUCAGACCUCUGGUACAGUUGUGUCACCAAGCAGCUAUUCCCCUCAAAGUGCGCCAGCUCCUACUAGGCCUUUAUCCUCUGUAGGACUUCCUAGUCAAGUUGCCUCUAGUUUGCUCUCAAGUGCGUCUAUAGCUUCACCUCAAAAUGUUUUAUGUCCGUAUGAUAAAGCUGCUAAGACUCCCAUUAGCUUCUCCCCUUCCUCAGCUGGAGGUCCUAGUCCACUAGUUUCCACACAGGGAGUGGGUAGUUACAGUGGUAGUUCAUAUGUUCCUGGGUCCUCUACAUAUCCCAAACUCGUUUCCUCACCAUUAGGUGCACCUAGCCAGUUUACCAGUGCUCAAAGCUCUCGUGACCCUUCUACAUUAAGCCUUCAGAGCGGUGUUGGAACUGCACAGACUGUUUCAAGUCAUUAUGUAUUGCCACAGAAAGGAAGUCUGUCUACCUUCAGUUCAUCUCUUCAGUCUCAAGUUGCCUCAAGACCAUCUGGCCCUGCACCUUCCUUGGAUGCUAAAGUACCAGUUUACAGCCAAACCCCCCCUGCUGGGACCAUGUAUCAAAGCCAGCCAUAUCGAUUUUGGCAGCCUUCCACCUCUAAGGCUUCUGGCAGUUCAACAUCUGAUGCGACUGUUUUGCAGAGCAGCUCGUCUUCCCAAAGUGUUCAGGCUUCCAGUAGGUUUUCCUCAGCUGGAGGUGCUAGCUACCCUGUUUCCACACAGCGAGGUGGCAGUUACAGUGGCACUGUUCAGCAGUACACUGCCGUGGCCCCUGCUUCUGGUGUGUUUGGUUCCUCUCCCCUUAGUGUUUCUAGUCAAUCUGCCAGUGGUCCGAGUUCUUCCAGCAAGCACUCAUCACUCUUCCAAAGCCAGACUGGCAGUCUUCUAACAUCAAGUGGUUCUCUAUCUGUACCAGGAGGAAGUGGCUCUUCUGAUGGAUCUUCUCUCUUGACCCAAGGCACACUUGGUAAAUAUGCCCCUGUACCCUCAAUGGACACGCGUUUGCCUGCAUCUAGUCAGACCAAAGCUGUUUUAAGUGGUGUUUCCCUGUCUCAAAGCCAGCCACUUCAAAGUUGGCAGCCUUCAGCCACUGGCUGGCAUCAAGUCGUUCAAGCCUCUGCUUCAGCACCAUUACAGAGUGGGUCUUCUCCUCAAAGUGCUCAAACAUCUGGUAGCAUUUCCUUUCAGCCAGCCUCAAGUGUUCCUGUGGAUUCUGUGGCCCAAAGUGGUCAAACUCCUGUUUCUCGGCAGACUUCUAGUCUCCUUGGGUUUGGUUCAAGGCCUUCAAGACUCCUGUCUGUAGCAUCUACUGGCUCUGUGAGUAACCAAAUGUUCUCUGGUCUCUCUGCUUCACUUAAACAGCCCACAGGUUCCAUGACUCCAGGCUCAACUGCCCAAAGUGUGUCAGUUUCAUCCCAAGCUCAACCUCUCACUGACCCUGUUAAAUAUGGUGCUAGUGUUGGAAGUCAAGGAAUGCCCAGUGGCUUAUCAUCAGUGCUUUACAGUCGCUAUAGUUCCUCUAGCCAAAGUGGUCCAGUUUCUGGCUCUGCAGGUAGCCAAGUGUCACCUAGUCUAGUUGCUUCACUUAAACAGCCCAUAGGAUCCAUGACUCCAGGCUCAACUGCCCAAGGUGUGUCCGUUUCAUCCCAAGCUCAACCCCUCACUGACCCUGUUAAAUAUGGUGCUAGUGUUGGAGGUCAAGGAAUGCCCAGUGGCUUAUCAUCAGUGCUUUACAGUCGCUAUGGUUUCUCUAGCCAAAGUGGUCCAGUCUCUUCCAGCCCAGUUUCUGGCUCUGCAGGUAGCCAAAUGUCACCUAGUCUGUUUGCUUCACUUCAACAGCCCAUAGGAUCCAUGACUCCAGGCUCAACUGCCCAAGGUGUGUCUGUUUCAUCCCAAGCUCAACCCCUCACUGACCCUGUUAAAUAUGGUGCUAGUGUUGGAGGUCAAGGAAUGCCCAGUGGCUUAUCAUCAGUGCUUUACAGUCGCUAUGGUUUCUCUAGCCAAAGUGGUCCAGUCUCUUCCAGCCCAGUUUCUGGCUCUGCAGGUAGCCAAAUGUCACCUAGUCUGUUUGCUUCACUUCAACAGCCCAUAGGAUCCAUGACUCCAGGCUCAACUGCCCAAGGUGUGUCCGUUUCAUCCCAAGCUCAACCCCUCACUGACCCUGUUAAAUAUGGUGCUAGUGUUGGAGGUCAAGGAAUGCCCAGUGGCUUAUCAGUGCUUUACAGUCGCUAUGGUUCCUCUAGCCAAAGUGGUCCAGUUUCUAGCUCUGCAGGUAGCCAAGUGUCACCUAGUUUGUUUGCUUCUCGCGGAUCAACUGCCCAAACAGCUUCAGGAGGUAUGUCUUCUGCUCCACCCCAAGCUCUCGGUGACACUUAUGGUGCAAGUGUUGGAGGUCAAGGAAUGUCUAGUGGCUCAGUGUCCAGUGGCUUUACAUCAGUCUCAAGUAGCUAUGGUUCCUCCUAUGGCCAGAAUUAUCCACUUUCUAAGCCAUCACAUGGCUCCUUUAGCCAAUAUUAUGCUGUCAAGGGCUGAAAGCCUUUUUGUGCAUGUUGCAAUGUUCAAACCUGUUUCCAGAGUAUUGAAUAAAUGUUUUGAAAAUA